AUGGCUUCUGGUGUGCAACUGACUAACAUGAAGCCACACAUCAAGUGCUGCUUUGCACACAGCAUCAACUUGGUAGGUCAGCAGGUUCUCAAAAUCGAUGAGGUACAGCAUUUGUUGGGACGUAUACGAAGAAUUGUGACAUAUUUUCACAAAAGUACCACAGCAAACCAUGAGCUGAAAUUAAAGCAAGAUCUUUUACAUUUGCCAAAACAUAAACUGUUGACUGAAGUAAAAACACGCUGGGAUAGUGCUUAUGACAUGAUAGAGCGCUAUUUAGAACAACAGCCAGCUAUUAUGACCGCUCUCAUGUCACAGGUACUGAAACGAAAUGAAGAUUUGGACACGCUGACUACUACUGAUGUAUCGACAGCAGAACAACUGGUGGUACUCUUAAAACCUCUAAAAACCAUCACAACUAUCCUAUGUGAUGCCAGCCAGCCAACUGUGUCCAUGAUAUGGCCUUUUCUAACGAACCUUAAAACUAGUUUUCAGCCAUUGGAGACCGACACCAGGAUAAUAAAAUAUGCAAAGCAAGCUGUACUCGAUGAUCUGGAAAAACGCUACACGGGACCUGAUAUAAAGAGGGUUAUGCUACAAGCCAGUGUGAUUGACCCAAGGUUCAAAUCGUUACCAUUCAUUGAGCCUGAUUUGAGGAUUGAAAUCUUUGUGUCACUUAUAGCAUUAGCUGAUGAUUUGCAAGCCAGCCGCACAGCUCAUUUCGGUGUUGCAGCCGUUGCUAAAAAGGAACCUGAAGAAUCAGGAUUAGAACUAACGGAAGAGCAAACAUUACCCGCUAUGCCAGACCUGUUUGAUGUUCCUAAUGAGCCACACUCGAAACCUGUUGUUGCUGAACGGCCAGCUGGUGAACCUUCACGAAAGAAAACUGCUAUCGAUUCCUUUUUUGGAGAUGUUUUCGUCACCAAAGUAGAAAGUGGGACAAAACCCAGGUUACUUGUCAUCGAGGAUGAAGUGACACGAUACAAAGCAGAAGAUGCCAUCGGGUUAAACGACUGUCCCCUAGAGUGGUGGAAACAAAAUGCAAUUUUCUAUCCAUACCUGAGCAGUGUUGCCAAACAUCUUCUGUGCAUCCCAGCAACAAGUGUGCCAAUUGAAGAGACUCACGGAUUAACCACUACAGUUGAAGAGACUCACGGAAUAACCACUACAGUUGAAGAGACUCACGGAAUAACCACUACAUUUAAAGAGAAUCACGGAAUAACCACUACAGUUGAAGAGAAUCACGGAAAAACCACUACAUUUAAAGAGAAUCACGGAAAAACCACUACAGUUAAAGAGAAUCACGGAAUAACCACUACAGUUGAAGAGAAUCACGGAAUAACCACUACAGUUGAAGAGAAUCACGGAAUAACCACUAUAUAUUGA